AUGACUAAUCCGGACGAUCCUAGCGCCAGCUCAGGUCGUGGAUCAUCUCAAGGAAACGACUCAAGUAAUAAUAAUAAUAAUAAAUCAAACAAAAAUAAAAAUAAAAAUGGUAACAAACCGAAUCAGAGUCGGCAGCCGAAUCGAGGCAACAAUAAUCGAAGGCAGCGAGUUCCGGUUGAAAUGAAUACAAACGUUGAUAUGCGGAAAUAUAGUAAAAUGAUUACUGCAGCUCACGAUAAUUUUUCCGAUAUUCCCAUUGGCGAUAAAAUCGAAGAUUGUGUGAUUUGCUGCAAACCCAACGACGUUUUUGGGAUCGGAACUUGUCGCCAUCCGGUCUGUGCGGAAUGCUCAAUUCGUUUGCGAAUUCUCUGCGAGACCAAAACGUGUCCGGUGUGUCGUGCUGAUAUCGACAUUAUGUCAUUCACAACCCUCGACCAUGAUUUGACAAUCGUUCCACUUCCAUUUCCCCAAGGCAAUCAUCCUGAUGAAGCGCGUUAUGGAAUUCGGUUCAGUUGUGAAACCGCUGGAAAGAAAUAUGAGAAAUAUCUGUCGCAUGUUUGCAAAUAUUGCAAAAGUGAUGACGGCGAGCGUCCCGAGUUCUCCACAUUCAUGUCUCUUCGUCAACACAUGGCCAACAGCCAUCAACGCUCAUAUUGUCAUAUUUGCACGGAGAAUUUGAAGCAAUUCUCAAGAGAACGCAAAUGCUACACCAGGGAGGAUUUGCAAAGGCAUAUGCGAAUCGGCGAUCGCGAUGACAACAGCUUCAAAGGCCAUCCUCAAUGUCUGUUUUGCGAGCAGAAAUUUCUUGAUGAUGAGAAUCGAUAUCGACAUUUGAGAAAAGAGCACUUCUUUUGCCAAUUUUGUGAAUCUGACGGCACCGCAACGAAUGUUUUCUAUGGAAGCCAUGACGAGCUGAAGGCUCACUACAAGGAGAAACAUUUUAUCUGUAGCGCCGAGGAUUGCCAAACCAUGGGAAUCGCGUUCGCCACCGAAUUCGAAUUGAACCUUCAUCGAACUCGGGAGCAUUCGGAAAAACGGAAUCUGUUGGACGUCGGCUUUAGCACUCGACACACUGAUGCUCAUUCGGGAGCUGGACGAGGUCGCCGUGGCCCGAAUCAAGCUGAGCCAGCGCCGCCAGUCCCGCGAGAACGAAUUGCGCUUAUUCCGAGGCAGCAGCAGCCAGCGAACCCACAAAGUGAUCCGAGUGAAUUUACAGUCAUUCCAUCCGCACAAUCGAGAAAUUCCACCAUUCGCUAUGCGAAUCGCGGUCCGGCUUUUACUCCGCAAGACCACGACUUUCCCAGCUUGGCUCCAGCUCCACCACCUCCGAAUCCCAGAUCAUCCGAUUUCCCAAGACUUCAAAAGGUUAACAAAGCGACGACUCCUAAAGUAGUCGACCCCGUCGAGGAGUUCCCAUCGCUUGGUGGUGCUAGCUCAUCUGCAACAGCUAACCGAAUUUCGGUUCCGCCACUCAAAAAGGUUGUAAACGUGCCGAAGACGGUGAGACCGACCCCACCGAAACAGCACCAACCACAAACGAAGGCGGCUGAAAGAAAUUCAAGAGAUGAUGACGAUUUUACUCCGAGGCCUAGUGUUCCUCAAGCCGUUGUGAAAGUCAAUAACUCAUUGCUUCGAUUUGAUAUGGUUGAUGAUAGUAAUCGACCGCCGCCAACAGCCAAAUCGAAUAUUCAGCUUGUUCCGAAGCUCAAUCAGCCGACGCCUACAGCGUCGAGCUCUUCGAAUCGUGUUCCAACGACGUCUUCUCGAGACUUCCCUUCUCUUCCUGCUGCCGCUCCGCCACAACCGCCAGCGAAUUCCGCUUGGCUAAAUGCCAAAUCAAAAAAGAUUGGCAGCGUUAUUACUGGUGUAAGUGUUCCUUCGAACUAUUCUUCGCAGAGGAAUAAUACGAAUAACAAUAGCAAUAAAAAGAAAAAGAAGGGCAAUGGUUUGAAGAUUGAAGAGCCGGAAUGGUCGAGUCUAGGCGGGCCAUCCAGUCAGCCGGCGCCGGUUGAAACUGACGAAUGGAAAGAGGUUCCGCUUUCGAAGGAAGCGAAAGCUGAAAAGGAGAAGCUGGCGAAGAAAGAGGAAUGGGCGCGAAGGAAAGCUGAGAUUCGUGCGGCAGUGGCGGCUUCAUCAGCCACUGUGAAUCGUUCGAAAUCGGAAGAAUCGGAGGAAUCGAAUAGCAAUGAAGAAGUAAUGCGUCAAAAAGACGAAACGCCGCGAAAAUUGGAGGACGUUGAGUGGAAAGAAGUGAUGCCGAAGAAUGGGUCGGUGUCGAAAAAUAGCGAGAAGAAGAAUAAGAAAAAUAAGAAGAAGAGUGGAUCGACAGAUUCUGAAGAAAAAACAGUUGAGGUGAAAAACGAGGAGCCUGAGAAGCAGGAGACUCUUCAGGAAAAAAUUGAUGCGUUGUGGAACAUCCCACAAAUGCCGUCUUUAUCAUCAAUUUUGCCAAGCUUAUCGUUCGGAAACUUCUUCGGAGGAGGAAGUUCGUCGUCAUCAAAUACGUCUUCGGCAACACCGGCAGUCGGUGUUGCGCCGCCGCCGGGACUUGAGAAUGUAGUUCCGGCGCCGCCGCCGGGAAUCGCCGACAUUAGUUUCGCGUCGGCGCCGAUCCUAUCCAAAGACGAUCUGGAUGAGAAGCGUGAGCGCGUGAAAAAGUUGAAUGAGAAGCCGGCGGAGCACGAUGAUGCCGUUCAUGGAGAAGUCGGAAAGUUUUCUGAAAUAUUCUUCGACGAAUUCGCAUUACCGAAUAAUCAAGUGUAUCCGACAUUUGGAAAAUAUGGAAGUUCAUACCACCCAAAUGAAGCAAGCACUAAAGAUGAAGACAGGAUAUGCAGCGUAUCUCGAUUUGAUAGUGCAUUUGCAGUCAAAUUUCUCAAAGCGCUGGCCAAUGGGAAAGUGACCAUCGCCGAUUAUGUCUCCCGCGAAGAAGCCAUGAUCAUCAUUCCAACACUUGUGAUGACAGCCCUGUUUUUGCUCGGUAUCGUUUAUUAUUUGACCCGUCCUUUCACCUAA